CGCUGUCGUUGGUCGCUGCUGCUCAAAAAUUCUAACAAUGUCUACCCUAUUCGCAUUAGUGGCCGUCCUUUUGACUGUCGCAUCCUCACAAGCGGCAACCGAAACUGGAUCUGACAUUGUUACGGAAAUUCUAAAGGUUCUCAAAGGACAUGACGAAUUAUGGAGAGUCGCAGACUAUUUGAAUUCUUCUCGUACCGCCCUCGUCAACGAAUUGCCUCUGGAAACUUCGGGACGCAAGUUGAGCUACACAUUCUUUGCACCGACGGCAAUGGCAUUUUUGAGACAGAUGCCUCAAGACACAGUCGAUCCACUCAUCAUUGACGACGGUCUCCGGACUAAGGUCUUGAUCCGUCAUUUUGCCCGUCAACGCGUCUCGGCCAACGAUUUGGGUAAAUUGGACAAACUCGUUAUGGCCGAUUCCAAAGAGGCCAUUCUCACGCGCACUCCCGGCACACAAGUCAAUGUGAUCAACAAGGCGGAAAUCCAGCCGGGAGCUAUUCAAUUGCCUGAUAAUAUUGGCACCAUCUACACUGUCGAUCGAGUCUUUAUGACCGGUGAAGAGGUUGGCCAAGCCAUUUCGGCCCAUUUUGAACGCAAUCCAAAUACUGGUUUUGGCUUCUUCGGUUAACCUCCCGUUUUAUCUAAUAUUGAAUUAGAGUCUGCAUUCUAUUUUUUUUUAUAUGAAAAUUAGCCUUUUUAUUGGUGCCCCUUUUUAAACACAAUUCAUAACUCCUGUUUGAAAAUGCUAGUUUUAGGGGCUACCAUUUUUGCAGAUUUACAUGUUAUACAGAGCUUAUAUAAGUAAGAAUAAAAUAUUCAAAUUUUCAAAAGGA